CCACCUCUCCAUUCGUCCUCCACCAUUUUCGAGCCUUUUGUCUUUGUCUUCUCUCCAGACUUGACUCCUUCACGUGACUCUCUACUCUCUAGGCCACAACCCCACUCGUCUCUUUCCUCACAUUCAUUCCAAGACUUCUGAUUCCCUCUCUCACUUCCUCCUCCAUGCCUCCGUCGCUUGCUGCCUGUGUCUUCUUCUUCUUCUCAGUUCUUGGCCUCAUUUCCUCAGUCCACUCGCACUUAUGCUCACCGCACCAUCAAUCUCUAUGCCCAACCUUUACUUCAACUCCUCCUUUUCCCUUCUCUUUCUCACCUGGCUGUGGCCACCCCUCUUUCCAAAUCAAAUGCUACGCAAAUCACUCCAUAAUCACCAUUAACAACCUCGCUUUCUCCCUCCUCCACUACGAGCCCAACUCCACAUCUCUCCUUCUCUCCCCCUACAUCACCAACUCGACAAUUAAAGCUAAAUCCCUUAGCACUAGCAACUGCUCAUCCCCUCACUUUCUCUCAAUCCCCAGCCGCUCCAUCAACCUCUCCUCUUCCCCCUUUCGCUUCUCCGACGGUUCCUGUAACCGCCUCUCUGUUCUCAAACCUUGCUCCCCGCCAAAUCUUCCUAAUUGCAGCCAUUGUCCCUGGGAAUGCAAGCUCAUAAAGAGCCCGGUCAAGCUACUCCCUGGCUGUGGAUCUAGUCGCAGCUCUGUUCCCAACCAGGGCUGCCAAGACGAUGUCUUGGGAUAUCUUGACAACUUCCUCCAACUCGGGAUCGAGCUCGAGUGGGACGAAGCUCAAGAUUCUUACUUCUCAAGCUGCAGAGAUUGCGAAGCCAACAGCGGCAUAUGCGGCUUCAAUUCCUCCGACCCAUCACGGCAAUUCCUGUGUCUCCACACCAAAGCUCAACUCUCACCCCCAUGGAUUAGCAAGCACAACCCCCAUCGCGUCGCCAUUUUGUGCUCGGUCUUGGCAGUGACUUGUUUGAUGGUUAUGGCUUCUGUUUCUUUGGCCAUAAUCAGGUCCAGAAGAAGACUACACUCCUCCGCCACAGAAGAAGACCCGACCACAUUGUUCCUCCAGCGCCACCGCUCCGCCAGUCUCCUCCCGCCGGUAUUCACCUACGAAGAGCUGGAAUCAUCCACCAACAAAUUCGACACCAAGCGCAAAAUCGGCGACGGCGGGUUCGGGUCGGUCUACCUGGGCCAGCUCUACGACAGCCGCGUCGUCGCCGUAAAGUACCUCCACAAGCCCCACCACUCCGCCGCCUCCGGCAAGGCCUUCUCCAACAAGUGCUUCUGCAACGAAAUCCUAAUCCUCUCCUCAAUUGACCAUCCUAACCUCGUCAAGCUCCACGGCUACUGCAGCGAUCCCAGGGGCCUUCUGUUGGUCUAUGAUUACGUCCCCAACGGCACUCUCGCCGACCAUCUCCACGGCCCGAAGAGCCUCUACCGGAAAGGGUCGAUGACGUGGCAGGUGAGGGUUGAUAUAGCUUUGCAAACCGCCAUGGUUAUGGAGUACUUGCAUUUCUCGGUGGUGCCUCCGGUGGUUCACAGAGACAUAACUUCGUCUAAUAUUUUCGUGGAAAGAGACAUGAGAAUUAAAGUCGGGGAUUUCGGGCUGUCGAGGCUUUUGGUGUUCCCGGAAACGACGUCGUCGAGUUCGGGGUACGUUUGGACCGGGCCUCAGGGUACUCCGGGUUACCUGGACCCGGAUUACCACCGGUCGUUCCGGUUGACGGAUAAGAGUGACGUGUACAGCUUCGGGGUGGUGCUGCUGGAGUUGAUUUCGGGUCAGAAGGCGGUGGACCAGAGGAGGGACAAGAGGGAGUUGGCUUUGGCGGAUAUGAUGGUGUCCAAGAUCCAGAUGGGCCUGCUCCAUCAGGUAGUCGACCCGGUUCUGAUUGUGGAUGGGAAUGUGACGGAUGGUGUUGACGUGGCGGCAGAGCUGGCGUUCAGGUGCGUCGCGGCGGAGAAGGACGACCGUCCAGAUGCGAGGGAGGUGGUGCAGGAGCUGAGGCGGAUCAGGGGCCGUAUACGUGGGAUUAGCCGCGCUUCGAGUUCGAAUGUGAUUGGUGCUGACGUGGCAAAAAGCUGAUUUGACUGGUUGUAGGGUCUGUUGCACAUGUGCAAGGUUUGACUGAAGAGAAAGGACGAGUCUCUCAAUCAGAAGCACAGUGGCAUAAGAUUGUGAAUAGAUUUGAUGGGUACCUACUUUGAAGCUUCCACUGUAGUUUUACCCUGUUUUUGGUCUUUUUACUCUUUGUUACAGAAUGGACGAAUGGUAAAUAUAGCUUUUCAACUGUGCUUUUACCC